AUGUUUGGUCUUCCACUCUUUCCUUCCGACCUCUACGAGUUGGGAAAAAUGGGGACGAAGGCGAGAACAACGAAACCAUCAUUGGAAGAAGAAGGGAGUCCACUCAGAGGCAUUUUAUGUGUGAAAACCAGACGAGACAUGAAGAGAUUUGAAAAAACAGAGGAUUGCUUCAUCCUCGAUUUCAAUCCUUUUGAUUCGUUUGACGUUAAAAGGCUCUCAUUUUCCCUUGAUAAAGAUUUGGAAAUCAUCCAUGAGUCAGGCCAGGUGGCUUGUAGAGAUUACCCACAUCCGAGACAUCUUUGCUUGAACUUUCCCUUUGGAUCAACUUCUAAUGCAACCCACUGUGAUCUGUGUUACUGUCACGUGUGUGAUAAGCCUGCUCCUUGUGCACUGUGGAUGUCUUCUCAUUGCAAUGCUUCAGCGGACUCUGUGGAUCCGAAGUCACCAACCAAUGAGAGUGAGAGCUAUUAUUACUCCGAUUAA